AACCCGCGACCAAAACCCUAGCCGCCGUCCACCGAUGGCGAAGCGCCCGCGUCACGGCGGCGCUGGCCCCUCCAGAUUGCCGCCCUUAGGGCGGAAGCUCCGCCUCUACAUAUUAAACGGCGGCCUAGCCGGCGCCGGCGCCUCCGCCGAGGACGUCGCCGACACCCUCCGCAUCCACCACCCCGAGUUCCGCCGCCAGAAGCUCGACCCCUUCAUCGCCUUGGUCCGCCGCGUCCUCUCCUCGAUACCCUCCCCCUCAUCCUCCUCCUCCGGCUCCUCCGCAUCCCGUCGCCGCCACGACGCCCACGCCACGACCUCCUCCUCCACCUCCGUCUCCGACGAGGCCGCACACCCGCCACCGUCCCCCGCCUUCGACUUCAAUUCCUCGCUCCGCUCCCAGUACGCCGUGCGUGCGCAGACGCCCAAGCGGAACCCCGCCGCUAACCAGCAGCAGCUGGAGAUUGAGGUGACCGCAGAGAAGGCGCGCCGCCUCAUCACGUCCGACGGGGGCGCCGGCGGAGAUGCUAAGCCGGACGCCGCGGCCUCUGAAGGAAUCGUCAGAGGGGAGAAGGGGCCGAGGUUCGCCGAUCUCGGUGGGAUGGAGGCGGUGAUAGAGGAGCUGAUGAUGGAAGUGGUCGUGCCCUUGUGCCAUCCGGAGCUGCCGCAGCGCCUUGGGGUUAGGCCUGUCGCUGGGCUGCUGCUACACGGACCGCCUGGUUGCGGAAAGACCACCCUUGCGCAUGCCAUUGCCAAUGAGACUGGUGUGCCAUUCUACAAGAUCUCAGCCCCGGAGGUCGUAUCUGGGGUAUCUGGAGCUUCUGAGGAAAACAUCAGGGGCUUGUUUCAGAAGGCCUAUAGGACUGCUCCCUCGAUUGUAUUCAUUGAUGAAAUAGAUGCAAUUGCAUCUAAGAGGGAGAAUCUGCAACGAGAGAUGGAGCGACGGAUAGUUACUCAAUUAAUGACAUGCAUGGAUCAAUUCCACCAGAAUAUUGGAUCGGGCAGCAGUGAUUUGGACGCAGAAUCAUCUGAAAAGAAACCUGGUUAUGUUAUUGUCAUUGGAGCCACGAAUAGGCCUGAUGCUGUGGAUCAAGCUCUGCGGCGGCCGGGAAGGUUUGAUCGAGAGAUAUCUCUUGGUGUUCCAGAUGAGAAUGCACGAAAACAGAUACUGAAGAUGCUUACUCAGAAUCUCCGACUUGAAGGCGAAUUUGACUUGUUCAAGAUAGCUAGGGCCACACCAGGUUUUGUUGGUGCUGACCUGAAGGCGUUAGUGGACAAAGCAGGCAAUCUAGCAAUGAAGAGAAUAAUUGAUGAAAGAAGAGCUCAGUACUGUCGUAAUCAUGAUGGAAAUAGCAAGCAUGACUGGUGGAGACAACCUUGGGAUGCCGGUGAGGUGGAGGGCCUACAUAUUACAAUGGACGACUUUGAGGAAGCAACCAAAAUGGUUCAACCAUCCUUGAGAAGAGAAGGGUUUUCAUCUGUCCCUGAUGUCACAUGGGAUGAUGUUGGAGGUCUUGAUUCAUUGAGGAAAGAGUUUGACCGCUGCAUUAUUCGAUGUAUCAAGCAUCCUGAAGAUUAUGAGGUGUUUGGAGUGAAUAUGCAAGCUGGCUUCCUGUUGUUUGGACCUCCAGGCUGUGGGAAAACACUAAUAGCAAAAGCAGUGGCCCAUGAGGCAGGGGCUAAUUUUAUUCAUAUCAAGGGGCCUGAGCUAUUGAACAAGUACGUUGGGGAAAGUGAAUCAGAAGUGAGGAAAAUAUUCACUCGGGCACGCACAAAUUCCCCAUGCAUCUUAUUUUUCGAUGAGGUAGAUGCUUUAACAACAAAGAGAGGGAAAGAGGGAGGAUGGGUUGUUGAACGUCUCCUAAAUCAGUUACUUAUUGAACUUGAUGGUGCUGAUCAACGGCAAGGUGUCUAUGUGAUAGGAGCUACAAACAGAAUUGAUGUGAUAGAUGAUGCUGUUCUACGGCCUGGUAGAUUUGGGAAGAAACAUUUUGUACCUUUACCUGGUGCAGAAGAGCGGGUCUCAAUAUUAAAAGCACAUGCUCGAAGCAAGCCCAUCUCAUCUGAUGUCGAUUUGGCUGCACUGGCACAUCGUGAGGAAUGCAACAAUCUCACUGGGGCUGACCUAGCAUCACUGGUCAAUGAAGCAGCGAUGGCAGCAUUGGAAGAGAGAUUGGAAUUCCUUGACAACGGGAUAUCGUCAAUGAGUUCCUCUUCUUUGAUUGAGCUGUCACACUUCGAACGUGCUCUAUCAAAGGUUAAGCCAUCAGUAUCUGAACAGCAAAUUAGACAUUACGAGGCAUUGUCAAAGAGAUACUCGUCAAGCUGAUGGAUCACCAUGUCUCUGUUUUGGUGUAUGUAUAUGCCUGUACCAUGUUUUCCGCUUGUAGUCGACGAUGGCUGCAGGGAGUACACGACACUGAAGUGGAUAAGCUCGUGUUAACAUAGGGAACAAAGAGCUAUCAAUUUUGUUCUUGCUUAUUUCUACCGGCUUGGCCUACGGGCAACUUUGUAUGACCUUAAAGGUACAUCAUACAUUAAUGACAGUUUUGCGUGAAAUGAAAUAUAGCAAGAAA